UGUUUCAGCUGUAACUUUCUUGAGCUGCAGUAGACCAGGCACGCGUGGGACGCUCGCGCCCAAGUUCGUUAUUCCCAGACUGACAGGGCAUUUCCAACAGUUGUUAGGAAGAGUUUGAACAUUUUUACGCGGCUUUGAUUUCUGAAGACAAUAAAGGGAACUUUUUUCUAACGUUUUGCCUGGCGAAAGGAUGCGAAGAAAGACGUUUGGGAGUUGAAAUGUUUGAAAGUUGCAACUCUUGACCGUGAAGGGGUGCGGGCUUUUUUUGGGUGUGCUUGGUAUCUAAACAAAAGUCUGGCUCAUGUCCUCGGAGACUAUAUUGCCUCCGGAGGGGCCUGAAGGGCCAAAAAAGCAGCUCCAGUAUGAAACAAGUCCACUUCUGACACACUCACCAGACAAAUGUAAGAGCUGCACUGACGAAUGCCCAGACACUACGGAAACAUCACAAUCUCCACUACCCAGAGAUCAAACUUCAGAUGAGCAGGGACACAUGACCGAGGGGAACAACACCCAUGAGGACCUUGUUAGAACUCAACCUCAGCCCCUGCCCCAGCCAACAGCAUCCCUGCAGCAUGCCAGCGAUGGAGAGGCUGCGAGGCAGCAGAACGGUCUGCACACAGCGCUAAGCAAUGGACACGGCACGCCCCGAGGGGUCACGGUUCCCCCCGCCUCAGAGCCCAGAAAACACCCGUCGCCCGUCUCGCACCGCAUGCAGAGAAAGCUUCGCUCGAGCCUAUCCGUUAACAGCGACAGCAGCAGAAAGAGCAAAGGCAGCUCGAUGGGUUCGCACAAACCUGGCUCCACUCCAGAGGACUGCUGUGUCCACUGCAUCCUGGCCUGCCUGUUUUGCGAGUUUCUCACUCUGUGCAAUAUGGUGGUGACUCAGGCCUCGUGCGGCACCUGCACAUCAGAAGCCUGCUGUUGCUGCUGCUGCGCAGACGACCUUGGAGAUGACUGCAACUGCCCAUGUGACAUGGACUGUGGCAUCAUGGACGCGUGCUGCGAGUCUUCCGACUGCCUAGAGAUUUGCAUGGAAUGCUGCGGAAUCUGUUUCCCUACAUAAGAGCCCUGAUCGAAGGGAACUGACAGCCAGGACAGAUGCAUGUCUGUAAGUGUUAGAGAAAAUAAGAGCUACAGCGUGUGUUGUAAACACACUUGUGAACAAUCUGUUCCUGAGCUCAAAAUGACCUUGUAAAGGUCAAAAACUAUACGAAAGGACCAAAAUAUUUUGCAUAUUUUACAUAUCCUUGUAUCAAACUACAUUUAAUGUUUAAUGGACAGGUUAGACCAACAUUUAAUUUUCAACAUUUAGGCCAUGUUCACACUUGACUUCUUUUUUGAAGCUGCUAGUGUCUGUUUUACAUUAUAAUCCUAUGGAGUAAACUCUUUUUCUGCAGUUUAGAGUGUCUUUUGAGAUAAACGCUCUACGUCAAGUUCCUUUUUCACAGCUAACCAAUGACAGAGACCUGUCGUUUCCAUAACAACAUGCGAGGAACGUGAUUGGUUGAGAAGGCUCAAGCUCGAAAAAAAUGAAAUGGCGGCCGAAACACCCGUUGGAGCAUAGUUUUGUAUAAAUGUAAGUUUAAUUUUCACUUUCAAUAACUUUUGAUUGCAUUUCUAGCGAGAAAUUAGUAUUGUAGUUUUUAAAUAUGUGAUUGUUAUAGAAAAGACGCUCUCUGUUUAUAAUUCAAAUAGACUUCCGUUACGCUACCUAUGAAGCCUGUCUCUCUAAGCUGCUUUCGUGCACAAAUGCUAUCUUUGAACAUUGCCGGCUGCUAUUUGUAACCACAACGCUGCGAGCGUGUUUGUUUUUUUUUACUAAAAAAGAAAAAGCGCCAUUGUCAACUGUUUCUUGUCAAAGAAGAAGUCAAGUGUGAACGGCCUUACUCACCCUUUGUUGCUCUAGUCCAGGGGUGUCCAAUGUCGGUCCUGGAGGGCCACUGUCCUACAGAGUUUAGCUCCAACUUGGCUCAACACACCUGUUUGGAAGUUUCUAGUCUGCUUUGUGAGACCUUGAUUAGCUGUUCAGGUGUGUUUGAUUAGGGUUGAAGCUAAACUUUGCAGGACACUGGCCCUCCAGGACUGACUUUGGACACCCCUGCUCUAGUCAGUACUUUCUUUUUUUUCAUGAAAAGAGCAUUGCGUUAACAACGCAAGGUUGUGGGUUCGAUCCCAGGGGUUUGCACAUACCUAUGUAUAAAUGUAUAGGAUAAUGCAAUGUAAGUCGCUAAGCGUCUGUCAAAUGCAUAAAUGUAUAUGUAAGUGAAUUGUGGUUUUUAAUGCCAAACUCCAAAAAAUCACCAUAAAAGUAGUACAUGUGAUGUGUUUUUUAAAGAAAAGAAAUAUCAAAAUGUGUUUGUUACUGGUUGACAAAGUUUCCUUUUUCUUGACUUUGCAACACGAGAGUGAGCACAAUAAUGACAAUUAUGAAUUUUUAGGUGAACUUUUCAUUUAAAUCAUAUAUUCAGCGCUUAAUACUUAAUGCUUUAUUGUAGCAGACGUGUCUUUUUGUGAAACUGUCCUAUUUACCAUUUUUAUUGACUUUUCAUCUCUUUGCUGACGUUUUUAAUUUAGUUUUUGUGUUGAAAAUAUUUCGCACUUUAUCAUCUUAAAAACUCUCUGAUGUUGAAAUUAAAAGCGUGCAGACGUCACGACUCGAGUCCGCUUCGCACAUCACUGUAAUUUGAGUGGAAAUAACGCGUUCACACUGUCAGAGGUCAAGUCUUUGUGGGUGUUAAAUGGGAUUUUCUGUUUUUGAAAAAAAUGAGGCCUGUUUAAAUGACAGCCAGUUUUAAGUUUUAUUUAAGCUGCGUCAACUGUAGCUCACCUCAUUAAAAGUCUCUAAAAUUUGUUGAAAACAUUGUCAAAAGACAUUAGCAGUUAGCUUGGUGGAAAGUCUUUGCCGUUUAAUGUUACUCUAAUUAACUGGACGUACAAAUCUUUUAGAAUACAAAUGCGCUCUCAGUGAGAUGUCUCUAUUUGCAUCUUCACAAUAGUGAGACGUGUGCGUGUCUUCAUGUGGCUAGUUCCCAGACUUCCCAUAGAAGUUGUGUUACCACCUAAACGUGACUUUUUAUUUUGCUGUUUUAUAACUUAAAAUACACUAGCAAACCACCUUCUUAUGUCACUUCCUAAACACUUACACAUGUAGUCUAGAUUACCUUGCCCGAGGCCUUUUUGUGAAUUGUACAAAGUUGGCAUUUAACCGCAUUAUGUAAGCUAAUGUUAGCAUCAUAAUGUUAACACAGUCAGUUUUUGUUCGUAGCGUGUAGCGCUUUCGGUACGUCACGUGUGAUUCGUCUGACUCAUCUCGUCAAAAGAGCUUGUGACAAACUUGCCAGACUGCAUCUCAGAACACUGUGAUUCAACAGUGACCCGUAACAUUACACUUAAACAGGUUACUACAAACUACUUGACCUUGUAGACGUUUUACCUCUUCAUAAUCCAACCGGUUCUUGUCAGUCUUCUGAUAAGACCCUCUUUUUGACCUGAAGACUGGUCAUUUUACACUGAAAAUCCAAAUAUGCAAAAGUAUUUUUUACUUCAUGUUUAAUCAGUUUAUUGUUACUGUAAAGGCUUUUAUAUGAACAAAAUUAGAUUUUUUUUUAAAUUUAAUAGUCAGCAAAAGUAAAGACAAAACUCAAGACAUUCUCAUUUAGCCUUUAAUGUCUUGAUUUAUGGAAAAGAGCUUGAAAACAUGAACAAACAAAAUGCAUUGAUGUGAAAUCACGUCUCUCCUCCUCAGAGAUAAAGAAUCCUACAGUUUAAUUAAAACAAAAAAUUACGUGCGUAAUAAACUCUCAAAUCAGGAUUAGACGAAAUGUGUUUAGCAGGAACUAAUUGCAAUUACAGACAACCAGACAAAACGCUAAUAGUCUAAAGUAGUUCAAAAUAGCCUGUUUAAAAGAAAAAAGGGGAGGGAGAGAAAGAAAACUAAACACAUUUUCUGAAUAUAAAAAUUCAGGUGGCGUAAUUAUGAAAGAUUUUCAACAGAAUGUGAAUAGAGCUUAGCAUAUUUAUCUGUCUUGUAAAUGCAUAUUGUAUUCAUUCCAACAUUUUGUGUUUCUUCUCUGUACGAACUACACAUUUUAAUGUCUUAAGUAUGUACGUUGUAUGUUAAUGGACCAUCAACAUUACAAUUCUUUUUUUGUUUAAAUAAAAUGUUCAACUGAAGACAAAGA